CGACGCUCACCUAUGUAUACUACCUACAGUAAGCAGACUGACUGGUUGGCGACCUUGUUAGCUUAAGUAGCUUAUAUCUUUACUUUUCUAAUAGAAUGCGACAUUAAACCAGGGAAAUUGAACAACGUUCUGCUGGAGAAUUCGUGAUUUUCGAGAGGGUUAUGUACAUUUGUGUUGGAAAGACGCUCAUAGGAAAGUAAGGGUAAAAGGUUGAUUUUGCUCCGCAUCUUGAAGCUGUGCGGUGUUGUUACACGAAGGCGGCUAAGUUACUUGCACUUCUGAGACUCAGCCUACGGACUGGGUGUGUCUGGAUGUAAAGAGGGGACAUUCUGUGUCGUCGAUACAAGACGAGCAACCAUGGUGAAACAGAGAUCCCCAGUGUUCCCUCAUCCCCCUGUGCAAGUGGUCUCAGCCGGUCUCCAGUGAGGACUCUCCCCCUCUACCCCUUUCCGUCCUGUGUAAUGGUUUAACCCACAUGAGAUUUGGUCACCAUGAUGAUGGCCUCCAUGGUUGCCAACGGAAACAGGGAUGGCAGACAGGGGGAGGCCCUGGUCCUGAAAGGGGUGGACCCAGAGACCUGCAUGAUCGUGUUUAAGAACCACUGGGCACAGGUGGUAAAGAUCCUAGAGAAGCAUGAUCCUCUCCGCAGCAACACCAGCAGCAACAUGGCUGCCCUUGGUGUCAUCGGCCUCUCCAGCGGCGGCCCCAUGCGUUUCGGCGGGCCCAUCCCGGGGGAUGAGGCCAGCGCGGUGCAGAACUACGUGGAACAUAUUCUGUUCCUGCUCAUGGAGGAGGACGCCGGCCAGGCGGGAGCCAUGGGACCCAUCCUGGAGUUUGUGGUGAUGGAGAACGUCAUGGAGAGGCUCUUCCUGUGGAGCCUGAGGCGACAGUUUACUGAUGAUAUGAAACUGGAGCAGCUCAAGAUGUACGAGAUGAUUGUGGGCCAGGCACGGCAGCCCUUACUGCACCACAAACCUGUGUUACGACCCUUAAUGAUGCUCCUGUCGUCGUGCUCGGGGACAGCUGGCCCGGAGGUGGAGGCUGAGCUGGUGUCAUUACUCAACCAACUGUGCUGUGUCCUGGCCAAGGACCAGUCUGUCCUGGAGCUCUUCUUCCAUACCAGCGAGGACCAGGGGGCAGCCAACUUCCUGAUCUUCUCCUUGCUGAUCCCCUUCAUCCACCGGGAGGGCCUGGUGGGCCAGCAGGCCCGGGACGCCCUGCUCCUCAUCAUGUCACUGUCUGCAGAGAACCAGCGCGUGGCCCAGCACAUCGCAGAGAACACCUACUUUUGUCCGGUGCUGGCCACAGGGCUGAGCGGUCUCUACUCGUCUCUGCCCACCAAGCUGGAGGUGCCCGGUGAGGAGUGGCACUGCCUCCACAGAGAGGACUGGCUACAGAUGCCCACCCUGGUCCAGUUCCUCAACUCACUGGAGUUCUGCAAUGCAGUCAUUCAGGUGGCUCACCCCAACAUCAGGGACCAGCUGGUCAGCUACAUCUACAAUGGCUUUCUGGUGCCUGUGUUGGCACCGGCCCUCCACAAGCCGACCCUGGAGGAGGUGAUGACUACCACGGCCUAUCUGGACCUGUUCGUGCGGUCGGUGUCAGAGCCGGUCCUGCUGCAGACCUUCCUCUCCUUCAUCCUCCUCCACGUCCACAUCCUGGACACGCUGGUCCACAUCCUGGACACGCUCAGCCGCAUCAACACACCCUUCCAGCUGGGUACUGUGUCUCUGGCGCUGUUCCAGACUCUCAUUGGACUGUACUGUGAGGAUGUGAUGCUGCAGCUCAUCUUGAGGUACCUGAUCCCCUGUAAUCACAUGAUGCUGAGCCAGAGACGUGUGGUGAAGGAGAGAGACUUCUACUCUGUGUCGGCCGCUAAGAUCCUGGCGCUCACACCCUCCUGCUGCUCCCCCGAACACAGCCCCCCACCUCUCAGACAGCUGGACUCCAUCCUCUGGUCAAAGGGUACAGACAACAGUCCUAACACUGGCACCAUGGAGACCGAGGAGACCUUUUUGGAGGAGGAUGGCUCGUGCUACUCCUGCGUCAUCGGCUCUGAAAUCUACCUGGACGUCAACUACCUGCACUACCUUUACAACGCCCGCCUGGGCAUCAGCAGCUGCACCCGGGCCUGCCAGGUGUGGUCAGCCCCCUACGAUGGAGAGGACCCCCCUCCAGAGGAGUACCAACCCAGUGCCCUGGAGGAGGCUGGGGCCAGGGGACGCCAAGCCCAGACGGUCAACCCCAAGAGGUCACAUCCACAUCCACGGCCUCGUCCCCCCUGCCCGCCCCAGACCACAGACCCAGCCCCUACUAAUCAACUAGAGCUGGAGUGGGACGAUAGUUAUGAUGCCGGUCCGGUGGUGUCCCUCGAGGCUGCUACUGCUGAGAGUAGUAGACCUCCACAGCUGCCUGCAGCCGAGCCGCCCAAACACAUCCAGGAGAUGAGGAGGACUGCCAUCAUGCUGGUUAAGGGUUCCUACAUCGAGGAGUCCGACUUCCAGGAUGAUGUCAUGGUCUACGACCUUGUGGCAAAGAAGGACGCCCGCGAUACUGUGGAUCGCCGCAGACCCAGCCGGGAGACACUACCGGAAUCGGAGGAAUCUGAAAUAGACUCAGAAUUUAACCUUGAGGAGGACCAUUUUAAAGAAUCCAGUCUACAGGAGAAGGAUGAGGUCCCCCUCAGCAAUGGCCUGAGUCUUCCACUCCAUCCCACCAACAUGGAGGUCAACAGCUCGGAGGUCACAAAGGGGUCAAAGGAGGUCAAGGCUCAUGUUGCGGACCACAACUCCAACCUCCAGAGCCCCUCGGCUGAGGUGGGGGACGACCUCAUGGGUCAGUACGAGGAGCUGAUUCGUACGUUGGGCAGCGACGAGGCCGGGACUGGGGGGAGCAGCCCUGUGAAAACGGUGGACAAAGAGUUCCGGAAUCCUGUUGUCACCCCCAUGGAGGAGGACGAGGUGGACUUCAGCUCCUUCUCUAUGGAUACGCCAGAGCUGGAGAAGCCGCACUCAUCCCUGUUUGGGACCAAGCUCCGCAGUGGGAGCACUAGGAGCCAUUCGGUGCCUUUUACAGGGCCAUUUGUCAGUGUGCUGUUGUCACGUCUGGAGAACAUGCUGGAUAACUCUCUCCAUGUCAACCUCCUGCUGACUGGUAUACUGGCCCAGCUGGCUGCCUACCCCCAGCCGCUGCUGCAAUCCUUCCUCCUCAACACCAACAUGGUGUUCCAGCCCAGCGUGCGCUCACUCUAUCAGGUACUAGCAUCCCUUAAGAACCAGAUAGAGCAGCAGGCCUCGACCAAGAAGGACUUCCCAAAGCUGAUCACCUCCGCCCAGCACUGCCUCCUGGCCAGGGAGAGUUCACUCAAGGGUCAAGAUACAAACAGCGGAGACAGCCGAGAAUGUUCCCCCCUGGAGGCAGGAAGGAUGAUGAAGAGCUCUCCUCCUCCCCAGCCCAAGACCAUUUCCCUGGCCAGGACCGAGGUCUUCGCUACCGUCCUCUUCACAGAGUUCCUCAAAGAACUGGCGGCCAUUGCGCAGGAGCACUCAAUACUAUCGCACGUCCCUAUGGAGGAGUAACGAUAUAAUAACAUUGCAAUAAUGUUAUAAUAACAUUUUAUUAUAAUGUUUUAAUUAUGUUAUGGUAACAUUGUCUCACAGGGAAGGAGUGAGUGUCUGUCCCUGACCUGUUGUGUCCACUCGGGUCACUUUUAAACGUUUUUCAUGUUUUCCAACACUACUUGAUGAAGAACACUAUACCUCUUGGAUUGAUUCACUCAUCUUGUAUCUCUCUCCCUGAGGUAGUUUUUAAAUUGGGUUAUAUAUAUGAGGCUAAUAUAUUUUUCCAAACCAAUAUAUAAAAACGUUGGGCUCUGAUGUACAGUAACACAUAACUUACAGGAAUCUCUCACCCAUUUGAUGCAUUUGCCAUUGAUACCCUCAAACUCAUGUGUAUAUGGUUCUGCCCUCAGAGAGUUGUAUGCAUAGGCCUAUGUCACAUCCAAGGAGCAGGUCAUGUGAUUUAUAAUGACUGGAAAGUACUGACCUACUUCAAGCCUUUGGUGGAACCCCUGCACCAACCAAUAAGAAUGCUGAAAUGGAAACGUGGGGCUAAUCGACCAAAGACUGAAUAGAAUGGAACAGGCUGAAUGGAACAAUGGGAAGUUAAUGAUACACAAAGGACACAAUCUAUCCCUUUAGGCUUUUAGACUUACAAUAUUGCAUUCAUAAAUGUCAGUGUACUGCCCUGGUAGCAACAGCCUCUCCAGUGACCAGCUCUAGUUGUCUUGUAGUGAUGGCCACCAUACAAUGGGGACUUAUACGUGGCCUUACCGAAAUCUCUGGUGGUGCCAUGUUGUCACCCUGGGGUUGCAUGCUGUACUGGAAAUAAUCAGGAGCCUAUUUUGUCAGGAUCUCUCCCUGCAGAGUAUUCAUCACUAAUCAAAUGUUAUUUGUCACCUGCUUUGUAAACAACAGGUGUAGACUAGCAGUGAAGUGCUUACUUACGGGCCCUUCCCAACAAUGCAGAGAGAAAGAAAAUAGAGAAAUGGUGGAAAAGUAAUAAAUCCACAAUGAGUAACACUAACUUGGCUGUUAACAUGGGGUACCAGUAACAAGUACCCUAGCAGCACCACUAAACUACUGGUUAGCGUGUUGGUGUUAGAAGUGGGAUGCUAGUGGGAGCCCCAUUCAUCUCAUACUUGCUUUAUGGGGCGGCAGGGUAGCCUAGUGGUUAGAGAGUUGGACUAGUAACUGGAAGGUUGCAAGUUCAAACCCCCGAGCUGACAAGGUACAAAUCUGUCGUUCUGCCCCUGAACAGGCAGUUAACCCACUGUUCCUAGGCCGUCAUUGAAAAUAAGAAUUUGUUCUUAACUGACUUGCCUAGUUAAAUAAAGGUAAAAUAAAAAAUAUAAAUAAAUAUGAGUUGGUGGAGACCAUGGCAUUCUCUAAUGCUAUGUAUCCGGUGAUCGUUGUUAUUCAAAACUCUUGACUGAAGGAGAGGCCUAGUAAGUUAGACUAUCAGGCUCACUGUACAAAACAAGUUUGUGUCGCUAAAUACCUUAAAUCAAAGACUUUCUUUGUUCAAUAGACAUAUUUCAGUUAUGUUAGGUUUUCAAUGCACAUUAGAUAUUCAAUCUAGAAGUUGUUUUUUAAUUUAGGGGUGUACUUCAGGACACUGGGUUCUUCUGACGUCAAUUCUCAAUGCUGCGUCUAACUCCAUUUUCCCAUGGUGCACCAGGUCCUGUCCACUGAAUGCACGUUAUUUAUAAUGAUAUCUCUCUAAAAGGAGCUUUCCAUAUCAGGGUGAUGCACUCAAUGUUCACAUCCAAAACAGCACCUUAUUUCCUAUGUAGUGCACUACUUUUGAGUGGUGCACUAUAUGGGGUAAUGGGUGCCGUUUGGGAAGCCCUCAAUGUCUUAGCCUUAUUUUAGUACUUUAUGUAUAUAAUUGGGAAAAAUAAUCAAAGAAGCAGCACACUAUGCAAAUCAUUAUUGAUAUUUGAGGUAUAAGAGUACUUUAUUACGUUUUGUUUCCUGAUGGGGUUGGUAUUUAAUACAGAAUGUACUUAAUGUCACAAUAAUGGAACUGUUUUGUAGAGAGGUUCUAUUGCCAUAUUUUUUCACAGAAGUUGUAACUUGAGUUGUUCUGUUUUCUCGUUGCUGUAUAGGGAAUGCAUGUUUCUUGUAUGUUUUUAUGAGUCAAGUUGGGAAAAUUGGAAUACAUCACUUUUGGUUUGUUCAUUGAUGAUUUGGCACAUUCAUUUUAGCAUUGAGUGUUGGCCAACUCUCACAGGAAGACGAGGGUAGCCUGAAAUCCAAGCUGAUAUGCUCCAUUUGAAGUUUGAAUUCCAGACUAAGACAUGGUCUACCAUUAGCAACAAAUAAAUAGCCUUGAUUUUAA